AAACAUCGCCGAGAGCAGUCGCUGCUGCGCUAUAUAUCCAUAUUAUUUUGCAUUAUCUUUCGUGAACCGACUAACGGGGGACUGUCAAAGCUGAAACGAAACCAAAAGUGCAACCGAAUCCGAAAUUACUAUAUUUUGCAAGCCCCGAAAAUAACAGUGAACAGAAUUAGAAUCGAACGAAAACACAAGUGCAUUGCCCAGUGGAAAUCACUGCACCUGUUUCCUGUGCGUGUGCAUCCGCUGUGCCCCCUCGAGUACGCACCUUUUGGAUGUGGAAAUACGCGUAGAAAUGCGGCUCAUAUGCAAAGUACAGUGGAGUGCUCGAUAAAAGUUAAAGCCAUAAAACAGACGAAAGAAAAACAAAACAGAAAACACAGAAAAAAAUAUAAAAUAGUGCGACCUUGUCUUGUCUUCGCUGGAGAGCUCUUUUUCCGCCAUCCAUCAAAGUCGGUCUGGAGUAGAGUCUUGGGAUUACACACAUAACGCAUUUGGAUAUAUAUAAAAAAGCACCUCAUCAGCUUAAAGAUGCUGAAGCACGUACAAAUCUCGCCGCUGCGCAAUCGCUCUGACUCGGUGUCCUUGCGCUCCUCCAGUCAUGCCUCCUCCUGCGCCAGCUCCAUGUGCGGCAGCCCAGAGCCACCCACAGAUCUGCAAAGGACACCCUCGCGGGCCUCCAGCUACUCCAGUCUCAAUGAGCAGUUGCCACAGACCACAAUCAAAGUGUACACCAACCGCCUAAAGAUUGACAUUGAGUACAAGACUUUGGGCAUUCAGUGGGACACCACCAGCAAGGAGGUUAUUAAUAUGCUACUAAGACGCCUCAAGAUGCGCCAUCGGGAUCCGCGUCUUUUUUACCUCUCCAUGGAGGUGGCCGUGCGCCGGGCUGGUGUCAAGACCAUCCUCGUGCUGGACGACGACACUAGACCAGCCAUUAUGCAGGCCUGUCACCCCAAAGGCGAAUCCCGCUUUUGUCUCCAGCUUAAACCCGGCGGCCUUAUCCGCGUCCACACCUCCGCCCUGCAGGCCAGCUCCCAGUACAAGUCGCUGGUGAUCAGCGAGGAGACCACCAGCGAUGAGCUGCUCCAGCUGCUCCUGGGCUGCUAUAGCUCUCCAGAGCCUGUCGAAAGCUUCUCGCUGUAUGAAGUGUGUCCAGGACAGGAGUGCCAGCGCAAGCUGCAUCCAGAUGACCUACCACUGCGCACCCAGGCAGAGCGGAUGAAGCGCGGCGAGGGCUGUCACUUUUUGGUAAGGCGGACGCCCAAUUAUGCCCGCCGGCGGCAGCUGUUGGCCAACCUGAACGAGGCCAUUGGCCAGGCUGCAGCAGAGGCGGCGGCAGCAGCAGCAGCGGAGGAUGCCACCAGUCUGCUGGAGCUCUCCCUCGAGUCGGAUCUGUCGCUCUCCGAGGAUCUGCAUAGCUGCAGCAGUCGGAGCAGCGGAAGCGAAGAUGCCGAGGAUGAGGACGAAUGCGCCAGCAGCUCUGGAUCUUCGGAUAACUCCACUGAGUGUGCCCUGCGACGCGACUUUUAUCCAACUCCUUCUCCUCCUGCUCCUGUUCCUGCUCCAACAACGACGGUCACUGUGUCGCCGCCUGCCCGAGCCUACAGCCCCGUGUACAACAUCCGCGAGAUCCGCACAGCCUCGCACUCGUUCUCCUCGCUGGGCAAGGACAAAAAGCUGCUGGACAUACACAUGAAUGCGCGGUACACCUCCGGGGGAGGUCUCUAUGGCAGGCUGAUGCCCGUGGCAGAGUCAGAGACCCUGGAUCUUAAUGGGAAUCCCAGCGCCAAGCUCACAGCGGAGGCGGUCAACAACAAUCCGGCCAAGGGUCUGGGACACUUUGUGUAUCUGUAGCAGUUAGUCUAAGAUAAUAAGCCCCAAAAAGUAGUUUGGACCAAAGAUGCAUUUGUAGUUUAAGCCUAAACCUUGGAAGAAUGUAAAUAGAAAGUAGAACUAACCGAGGAGUAACCUAAGAGUAGGCUAAGACCUAACGAAACCCCUAGCUUAAGGCAAAGAAACCAUCUGCUAACAAUCCCAAAUCAAAGGAGUCUAUAGCUUAGUGCCCUAGUCCCUUGACUAGAGUUUCGAUAAGAGUAAGAAUCUGGACAGCUUGUGGCUAACAUUCGUAUAGAAACCAAAAGAUAUUGUAAUAAUAAGCAGCGAAUAUGUAAAACUAAA